GAGCUGACUACCGCCUCACUACGACUCUCCGCGCCGCAACCGGUACAGCUGACGCCGACACCGACCGUGGCCUCGGCGCCUGCCGCCCGGUACGGACCACGGAGUGAUGGGUCACCGACAGUGGACACUCCCGCCCCCGCUGGUGACGGUAGUGACGGCACCGAGCAGCCGGUGGUGACAGUGGUGCCCGUGGAUGGUGCAGGGGACGGUCGCGGGGCCGGGCCCGGGGGUGAUCAUGUCGAGUACGAGCUCGAUGUCUCGACGGAGAGAACUGUGGGAGUGAUCGCGCGGUCAGGAUCGCGGGGGAGACACCAGAUGAAGGCGGAUCUACAGCCGCAGCCGGAGUCACAGCCGCAGCCGCAGCCCACGCAACAGUCGCCGGUGACGCCGACCUCCGGGCUCGUCUACUGGCCGCGGUACGGUCCGACGACGCGCCGCUCGGUGGCCGGCGGAUUCAUCUACCAGCGGCCGGCGCUCUCCGCGGACCGGAUCCACUUCCCGACACUGACUCCCAACCGGGGCCUGAAUUGGUUCGAGCAGCGGCUGGGCGGCCACCGCAGUCGCAUCCACUUCCCCACGCAGUCGCCGUUCUCGGGCUACGGUCGCCGGUGGCCGCCGCGGCCCCGGAUGACCACCACGUCCCGCCCGCCGGUCCGAACGGACAGCCCCGCGGGUCCCGGGGGAACGGAGCGGCCGACGCGGGUUCAGCACGAGCCGCCGGCCACCCGGCUCGAGCCUCCCACCCACCCGUUCUCGAGCUCCACGCCGCCGCCGGCCCGCUUCGAACCGCCGACUGUGUACGUACCGAGUAUCCCCAGCGACCUCACGCCGCCCAAAAAGAAACACUGGAAACCACUGAUGCCGGUGCCUGAGCCAGAACCGGAACCAAAACCAGAACCAAAACCAGAACCAGAAGCUGAGCCAGAACCUCAAGCGGAACCGGAACCGGAGGCGGAGCCAGCGCCAAAACCAGAGCCGGAGCCAGAGCCAGCGCCAAAACCGGAGCCAGAACCAGAACCAGAGCCAGAACCAGAGCCAGAAUAUGAACCGGUGCCGGAGCCGGAAUAUGAACCGGUACCGGAGCCGGAAUAUGAACCAGUGCCGGAGCCGGAGUCUGGGCCAGUACCGGAGUCGGUUCCAGAAGUACCCGAGCCAGCGUCUAAGCCGGAGCCGGUAGCUGAACCUGUGCCGGAGCCGGGCGCCGAGCCGGAGCCGGAGCCGGGCGCCGAGCCGGAGCCAACAGGCCCGGUACUGGUGUCGGGGAUGGGCGGCCACGACCUGGAGCCGUUUGCCGAGCCGAUGCCAGAGUGGGACCGGGCGCGCGCCGCCUGGGGCCUGGCCUGGCCGGUGCACGUGUACACGCUGGGCGGCCUGUUCGCGCUGCUGGCCGCGCUGGCGCUGGUGGCGCUGCUGCGCGUGGCUGCCUUCCCGCACCUGCUCUCCAAGCCGUACUUCAUGACGCUGACGGCCAUGGUGCUGGUGCUGUCCGCCCUGCGCGCCGCCUACCUGCUCACAGACGCCUACAACGCCGGCGGCCUGUACGCGGCGCCCGUCAACUACCUGCUGUUCAACCUGCCCGUGCCGUGCCUGACGUCGGCCUUCUCGAUCCUGUUCAUGGCCCUGCUGAGCGCCACCCAGGUGCAGAUGAUGCGGCCGCGCGUCCAGUCGGCCGGCGCGCUCGCCUCCGUCAUCGCCUUCCACUUCGCCUUCAGCGUGGGCACGGAUCUGAUCGUGGGCCUGCAGUUCGAGGGCCGGUUUCUGCUGGCGCUCUGCCAGCUGAUGUUCAUCUGCUGGGGCCUGGCUCUCAGCGUGACCUACUGGUACAUAUUCGGCACGCUGUACCGGGCGGCCGUGCGCCGUCAGGCCGAGGCGCUGCGCACCACCGUCACCAAGCUGCAGAUCGAGGGCAGCGUGAUGCCGCGCCGGCUGCCGCGGCCCACGCUGGGCCUGGCCGUGCGGCUGACGGUGAUCGUCUCCGUGCUGGGCCUGCUGCUGGCUGUGCUGCAGGCCUACGGCAUGGUCUGGGUGUACGACGCGUUCGGCGUGUUCGGCGCGCGCGCCGGCGGCCCGCAGCCCUGGGCCUGGUGGUGCUACCAGACGCUGUCGCGCGCCGUCGAGCUGCUGCUGGCUGGCCUGCUGCUCUACGUGGGCUCCCAGCCGCUGAGGUACCACGAGCCGCGCCGGCGGCCCGCCUGUGCUGUGUUCGCGCUGUGUACCGGAGCGUGCGCGGGCCGGCCGCGGCUGCUGCGACCCAAGCCGCAGCAGGCGGGCCGCGCGGCCGCCGAGCUGGACUACUACCCGGCCGUCUGCAGCCGAAAUCAGGUGGUACAGAGCGCCAGUCAGGACGGCCGGCUGGCCUACACGGACCGGCUGCCGCUGGCCGGUGGACACGCCAUCUCGGUGUCGCUGCCGCAGCGGCGCACCAUGCGUCGCUCGGCCUCGGCGGACCGGACCAGCGCUCCGGCCGGCUCCCGGCCCUCCUCGCUGCUGCAGCCGGCGCCGCCACUCGUGCCACCGCCGCCGCCCGAGCCGCCGCACGUGGAGACAACCUACCAGCCGGUACUGCGCGCGGCGGCUGCCGAGCCGGGCCGCGCCACUGGCCCCGCCUCCAGCACACUGCGCUCCAGCGGAACACAGACCAGCGAGGAGUACACGGACGUCUGUGCCACCUACUGCCUGCCGGUCGGCGGCCGGCCGAGCCUGGAUACGGACGAGCUGAGCUCGGCGGCGCCCACGCCGUCGCGCGCGCUCUGCCGCCAGGCGAGCACGUGCAGCUCGGAGAGCGCGGCUCACAGCUUCACGGUGCGUCUGUACCGGACCGUGGACGGGCCGGGCCGGCCGCGGCCGAGGGCGGCGCCGGGCGCGCCGGCCGCCGGUCCGGCCACCUGUCCGCGCGCCGCCCGGCACCGGCUCAGCUGCCCGCUGCCUCCCGACGACGCGUCCGACGCGGGGCUCGGCUCUGUCGGAUCCGACGCCGCCGUCAAUUUCCUAACGGACGUGUCGACCAGCGGCUCGACGUCGCAGCCCAACCUGAGCGACUCGCGCGAGUGCAGCGAGGCGGGCGUGCUGUCGCGCGGCGCCAGCGACCCGUCUCUGGACGGCUCGCCGCGGCGGCAGCGCGGCGCCGCUUUCUCACUGCCGCUGCGCCGGCCCGCCGCCGCCGACGCCACCUCGGACGACAUCACGCCCGACUCCGCCGUCGUCGUCGACUACGAUGACGCGUGUGACGUCUGCGCGGAUGGUGACGCUCGGCGCGGGGCCGGCGCCGCGGGUGAAGGGUACCGGAGCGUGGCGCCGGUGGAGGCUGAGCCGGCAGCAGUGGAGCGGCCGCGGGCUCGGCGCGGCGCCGCCCGGUUCCUGCCGGCCACAUCUGCCGGCAGUCUGCAGGAGGUGCUGCGCCGCUACCGCAGCCGGUCCGGCUCGCGCGGCCUGCUCGACAAGCUGCGCGGCAGCACGUUCUCGCUGCAGGUGGGCCGGCACGGCUACUCGCCGCUGGGCUCCACGGGAUCGGUCCCUCAGUCACCCGGCCCGCCGGCCCAGCUGGUGGACGGUUGCACGCAGACCGACUUCCCGCCGCCCUCGCUGGCCGCCUCGCGCUCCGAUCUGACCAGCGAGCCGGACCUGUGUGACGUCACCGAUGACGCGGCCGUCACGAUGGGCGCGCGGUGCGGCCGGCGCCCCCGCGGCCGCUCCGCGUGA